ACCACAAAAAGCAAAGAGGAGCGGAAGCAAAACAGGCAACCAGCCAGGCAGCGGAACGAACGUUGACCGGUGUCACUUGUUUCCACUGCUUGCUUGCUCGCUCGCGACGUCACUUCACGUCAGCACAGCCCGUGCUUCACAACGCUCCAAUAGCGCUGCUACAGAUUCGCAGGUUCGCAGGUUCGCUUCCCCGCCGUCGCCACGCCAUCAUACGUGACCACGUUGCGCAUCGCGUUGGAGCUGCGUCACCUCUCUCCUCCCCCCUCUCUCCGUCUCUGUUUCUUUCCCGGCCACGGCAACAUAGUUUGACGUGCACGCGAUUGAGCACCAAGCACAGUAACGGCGAGCAUGCACCGUGCAGCCACGCUGGCAGAGGUGCGAGCCUUGCUGGCGGCCGACGAGCGCGUCACCUACACCAUCAGCACGAGCCUGGCAUAUCAGCAUCAGCAGCGGCUGGAGCAGGAGCACCACUUCAAAUCGCAGCAGCGCUUUUCAGAGCCGAUCCUCAGGCCCAACGACCGCAACAGCUUUGGUAACGGCAGCAGCUUCCACCCCGCCUCAUCCCAUGACCACCACCAUCAGCAGCACCAUCAGCAGCACCAGCAGCAGGCGAGCUCUGGAACUGGGGAGGGACAGCCGGGGACACGACAGCGCCUCUCGGACGCACCUGCGCCCUCUGCAGAUGCGUUGCCACAAGCCGCCCCGCGUCACGUCCAUGCAGCAACCGUCAGUGCGCCGCGCUCAUCAUCCCCGCUCGCCACGGGCUCGUCAUCGCCGCAGUUGCGGCCCCCACCGUCAUCGGUAGCAGCGCAGCAUUCCCACCACCACCACCACCACCACCACCACCAACAACAACAACAACAACAACAACAACAACAACAACAACAACAACAACAACAACAACAACAACAACAACAACAACAACAACAACAACAACAACAACAACAACAGCAACAGCAACAACAACAGCAUCAUCAGCAUCAUCAACAGCAGCAGCAGCAGCAGCCGGCCCGACUCAAGCACGCGCCACCACCCUACCCAGGAGGGCAAGGGCAGCAGCGUCAACAACAGCAGCAGCAGCGACGGCGCAGCUCACAGCCAACGCUCAGCUUCUCGGACGUCUCGGAGGCCGGGUCGCGUUCGCGCGGGUCUGCGGCAUCGUCGUCGUCCCAUAAUGGCGAUGGUGGGCAGCAGUCCCACGACGAAGGCCAUCUGCGCCCUGGCGAUGGCCACAGCAGCAGCAGCAGCAGCGGCGGCGGCGGCGGCGGGCGAUUUGCUCGUGUGCACGACGCGCGGCAUGCGCGCACGCGCGGGCGGCGGCAGCACGGCAGUUUCACGACGGUGGCCGAGUCGGAGGAGACGACGCUGCCUGCUGUUGAAGUGCGACGCAUCAAAGAAGAGGCCAUCAGCGCGUUCCUCGCCAAGCGGACAGAGGAUGCAGCCGCGUUUGUGACCAGCAGGCUCUCCGACCCUCGUCUUCGUCGCCACAUCCUCUCCCUCGUGCACCGCGCACACAUCCCAAAGCCGGGCGCGCUGGAGCCGUCGCAGGGCAACGCACUCAACGACGAGCAGUUUCGCAAGGACUGCAGCGACCUCGUCGCCUCCAUCAUGGAGAUAUACGAGCGCGACUUUGUGACGCUGUGCCACGGCCACCGUGGCGUUGUGUUUGGCGAUCCCCAUCCGAGUGCCAUUCGCUUUCUCCUCACGGGGAUUGGCCUUGCUAUCCUGUACGAGGCCGUGCCGCCCAAGGCCGACCCGCUGGAGAAGCUAACGCACGAGACGCUUGUCAUCAUUGCGGCGCGGGACACGUGGGUGCGGGCGCUGCAGAUGUACGGUCCCGUGCCCAUGCACCGCCUGCAGCAGCAGAAGCGCGAGGGCGCCAAGCGUUCGCGCACCGUUCGCGUCAACAAGGCAGAGGGCUCCCCUGUGUUGCGAGACCGGUCGCCCUCCGCGUAUCACGUCAUGGCGUCGCAGCAAGAUGUCGCCGUCAGUCGUGCCAUGCAGGAGGCAACAACCUGCCCAGAGUGCCACAGCGAGUUCCCGGAGCCGCCAACACGGCCUGCGCUCUUGCGCUGCUCGCACUGCGGUGUGCAGGUGAUCCGCUACUUUGUCGAUCUCCUCUCAAGCUUCCGCGCUGUGAUGGACCACCAGCCAAACCAGCCAGAUACACCUGGCCGUGCACGCACAGCCUCGUUCUAG